CUUGGCAGUUGUGGUUUACGACAUACUUUUUAAGGGAAUUAGGCGUCUUCUGCUUGUCUGCUACAUAAAAAUAGUAACAAUAUGUGUGUAGUACAUCCGCUGGCAUAUGAAUUAAAAACAUAUACUUAGUAAGUAGUAUUAAAGCCGGCUAAUGUCCUAUUUACUUGUUUUAAAAGCAAUGAGUCACAUGACACAGCUACGUUGUUAUACUCACAGUCGUCAAUUUAAUUCAAAGCUAUAAUCCUAACAGAACACGUCAAUCACGAUCGCUUUUUGCGAGCCAUAUUUGUAUGGAAAUACAGCGAAUCCGUUGAGCACAAGGACCCAGAGGGAAGCUCACAAAGGUAGUGCUGUACCUCACCAAGAUGGCGGACCAAAACAAGGACGAUGCCGGGCCGAAGUUUUACAGCGAAGUAUUGAGCCCGUCUGAGCUGUUUUCAGCCCGGACCCGGAGUCACAAGAUCCCAGUCCGCGGUCAAAAAGACUUCUACCCGGACGACUCUGAGGAGCAGCGUAAGCGUCUGGAGCAGAGCCUGAAUGAACACUGGGGCCUGGUGUCGGAGGAGCGAGUGGAGAGGCUAGGUAACCUGGUGAAAGCCGUGUGGAUUCCUAGUGAACAGCUUGUGGAGCUUCAGUCUCCAGCGGGCAAGUUCUGGCAGACAAUGGGAUUCUCCGCCAGUGGCAAGCAGUACCUCCUCCCAGAAGAGGCGCUCUACUUGAUGGAGUGUGGCAGCAUACAGGUCUUCUACCAGGACCUCCCGCUCUCCAUCCAGGACGGAUUUGAAUGGUUUCUGUCCUCCAGUACCGUGAGCCUGCAGCAGUAUCAGGUGUUCGGGCAUCUGAAGAGGCUCGGCUAUGUGGUGCACAGGUUCGAUGCCAGCUCAGAGCCGUCGCCCUACGCCAGGCAGCUCAACUUGUCGCAGUCACGAGGCGGGAGGACGCUGAAAAGGAAGCGCAGCGACAGCCCUGUCGCAACAUGCAGCCGCAGCGACGCACAAGAAGUGUCCGCUGUGAAGAGAAAGGAAGCAGAAGAAGCUCCAACGCUACCUGAGUCGCAGCUAACGUCGUCUCCGGUCACCUCGGGGGCCGAAAGCGUCCCGGCAGGUCCGAGCGGAGGCCGAUCCUGGUGGAUAACGGACCCUCUCGCUAGCCACGAGGCCGAUAAACAUGGCUGCCGCCGCUCCUCACGCUGGGAUGGCUCCAUUGUGUUCCCCGAUGUGGCCUCCAUGCGCGGUCACUCCAGCUGCUUGGCCUCUCCAGACCCGUCUCUUCUGCCCGGAGGUCUGACUGUGGGUGAGUGUGACAUCAACCUGUGGACGAGGAGGAUCAACCAGCGCGAGGUGAAGAUGUCUCCAAAGGAGAGAGAGAGGGAGCGAAAGAAUCGGAGAAGGAGUUACGAUGUCAGCAGAGACAAAAAGGUGAGACAGUGCAAAAACUGGGCCGAGUAUCAUCGGCUUCUGGCAAGUCGGCGAGGGCGACGCAGCGGACGACCGGAACACUUGUGGAAGAGGGAAAUCACUCCUUUGCACGACCACACCCAACCCAUCUCCACAGGUGAACUGCUCAAGAAAAUCAGCGUGAUCGAGUCCACACAUUUACUUGAGGGAGCGUCCAGGUUGAAUGCGUCAAAUGUGUGGAGGAUUUGUUUCAGUGUUUACCAACCCGACACGGUGGCCAACUUCAAGAAGAGCAACCCGGGGAAGCCCUUUGCCCGCGUGUGUGUGUGCAGCUUCAGCGGGCCCGUUCCAGACUUGGCGGCAAUCAAGCAGCUGAGCUUCCAGAGUGGCGACGUCCAAGUGGUCUUUGCCGUGGUGGACGCCGGCGACAUCUCCUUUUACACCUUCAAAGACUUCCAGUUGCCCACUGACGUGUACCCAUAACACCCCCAUGGCCCCUCAGAAUCCAUUUACAUUUUUAAUGGCGGGCUCCUUGAGACUUUUUUUUUUUUUUUUUUUUUUUUCCUUAAUUAUUGUGAUUUUAUGUUGCUAAGAAACUU